GCAAGAGUGUGGCACUCCUCCUCAAUGAACGUUGGAAAGAUGGCGACGGCAUACGCACUAGCGAGAGUCAACUGUGCCGGCGGAUAGAAAGUGCUCCAAAGAGACACUAAUCCGCCUCUCUUGCAAAGAUUUAACGGUGCAAAGUGUGUCUGGUAUCGUUUAGACAUGGUUUAGCCUAUGCACGGCUAGGAACAAGAAGCCACUGCUGUGCCAUGGAGCCUCCGGAUCGCAACAAGCCCAGCAGGCAGGCCAAGCCAGUGGAAGAUGCAUCCCAACAGAACUCUGAGGUGGAUGAAUCCUGGGACUCUCCCAGUGAGGAAGAAGAAGCUCUGUAUGGCACAUCACCUCCUUAUACCUCCCGCCAGAUGAAACGCAUGUCUGGCAAACAUCUUAGAAACAGCCAGGCGAGGAGUGUUGGUCGAUCUCCCAACAAGGUUGAACUUUCUCCAACUCCCCUGAGAGAGAGUCCCAGGCCAGUGGAGGCCCCUGAGGAGCACAGUUACAAGCAGGGCAAGAAGCAGAGGGCCACACUGCGCUCCACGGAGAGAGACCACAAGAAGACAUUUGAAGGCUCCUUCAUGCUGGAUCCACUCUCUAAGUCAGGUCCCUUUGGUGCCCUCAACAUGGAUCCCAGGAAACAUUACUUGAGCUUGGGCUGCAGCAGUUGCAAACUCCCUGUGUCUAUGCCCCAUAUUCGGACCCACCGCCAGACCUCCAGGACAGACUGUCCCGCCGACCGCCUCAAGUUUUUUGAAACUCUGCGGCUGCUGCUCAAGCUCACGUCUAUGUCCUCCAAGAGGAAGGAGAAGGAGCAGAGAGGCCUGGAGAACAUGGCCUUCAUGGGUCACAACAACGAGGUCAUUUGGUUGGAGCUGCAGGCGUGGCAUGCACGACGCUCCACCAGCGACCAAGACCUUUUUCUUUUCACAGCCCGCCAGGCCAUCCCUGACAUCAUAAAUGAGGUGCUGCACUUUAAGGUCAACUAUGCCAGCCUGAGAGGGGCCCAGUGUUUAGGGCCUCAAGCAAUCCAGGAGGACUAUCAGAGUGUCCCAGAUCUGGUCUGUGGAAAGGAGAGGGAGCCUGCUGUAGCAGAGACCAACCACUGUGGAGUAGAUCCCUGGGGCUUUAGCGCCUUCCCCUCAACAGCGAUGAAUGCAGCAGAGCCUCUGGGCUCUGGCGCUGAUUGCAGGGAGCACCUUCAGCGCCAGCGGCUGGCAUUUGAGCAGGUUAAGCGCGUUAUAGAGUUGCUGGAGUCUGUGGAAGCUCUCUACCCCUCUUUGCAGGCCCUGCAGAAGGACUAUGAAAAGUACGCAGCACGAGACUUCCAGGGCAGGGUGCAGGCGCUCUGUCUGUGGCUCAAUAUCACCCAGGACCUCAACCAGAAGCUGCGCGUUAUGGCCACCGUUCUGGGCAUCCAUGAUCUAUCCCGUAUCGGGUGGCCUGUCUUUGAGAUCCCUUCACCUCGCUGCUCCCGUGGCAAUGAAGAAGAGGAGAAUGAGGAAGAUGAGAAUGACUCAACAGCCACUUUUACAGCUGAGAGCGAUGGAGAGGACAGGGAUGCUGAGGACGAGGAGGAGGAGGGUGUAUUGGGACGUGUAGCAGAGGGAGAGUUGUCUCCCUCCCUGACUCCUAAAUUUGCCCGAUUAUUGUCAGAAGAGGAGUUUCUACCAACUGCUACUGCAGGGAGUGUAGAAGCGAUUGCAGGAGGGGGGGUAUUCUGCCCCACAUCCAUCUACAGACCGUUUGUGGAUAAAGCUCUGAAACAGAUGGGACUGCGUAAACUGAUCCUCAGACUGCACAAACUGAUGGACCGCUCUCUGCAGAGGUCCAGAGCAGCGCUGCUUCGCCACACUCCUGCACUGGAGUUUGCAGACUUCCCAGACCCCAUGCUGUACAGUGAUUACCUGCCAGAGCUGUCGCGCCAUGUGUCCUGCAGUGGACGUGCUCUGAAUCCAGAGCUCGGAGCAGACCAGGUGUCCUGGGAGGACUUGCUGGACAUGGACCUCCCGUCCUUCCGGCCAGCGUUCCUUGUGCUGUGCAGAGUCCUCCUUAACGUCAUUCACGAAUGCCUUAAACUGCGACUUGAACAGAGGCCUGCUGGAGAGCCUUCACUGCUCAGUAUCAAACAGUUGGUGCGUGAGUGUAAGGAGGUUCUCAAAGGAGGUCUUCUGAUGAAGCAGUAUUAUCAGUUCAUGCUGCGUGGCGUGGUCACUGAUGCUCAGGGCUUGCAGACAAAUGCCAAUAUUGAUGAGUUUGAAGAGGAUCUUCACAAGAUGCUGGUGGUUUACUUUGACUACAUGCACAGCUGGAUCCAGAUGUUGCAGCAGCUGCCUCAGGCUUCUCACAGUUUAAAGAACCUGUUGGAGGAGGAGUGGCACUUCACCAAGGUCAUCACUCCUUAUAUCCGUGGAGGGGAGGCCCAGUCAGGGAAGCUUUUCUGUGACAUUGCUGGGAUGCUGCUUAAAUCCACCGGAGAGUUCCUCGAUGCCGGCCUGCAAAAAAGUGGCAAUGAAUUCUGGGAAUGUGCAGAUGACAGCACCGCCUCGGAUGAGAUCAGGCGGUCAGUUAUCGAGACGAGUCGGUCUCUUAAAGAGCUGUUCCACGAGGCCAGGGAACGAGCGUCCAAAGCUCUGGGCUUUGCCAAAAUGCUUCGCAAGGACUUGGAAAUUGCUGCAGUUUUCAGUAUCACUAACGGGGUGACUUGUCUCCUGGAGGCACUGAAGAAGGGAAACUAUGUCAAGGUUCAGAUCCCAGGCUUAGAGGAGCUGCAGGUCUUUGUCCCCUGUGGCUUGAUGGAUCAGCGGGCUCUCAUCCUGCAGCUUCUGAAUGCUGCUGCUGGCAAAGACUGUUCCAAAGAGACAGAUGAAAUUGGAGAAGAUGAGGCCUAUCUACUUAUGAGUAAACACGGAGCUGGGGACUCUGCUACUGAUUCUGACUGGGCACAGUGGGAUGGAGAGCUGCUCAAACUGGUCCCCCAGAUGGAAACUGUUGACACUUUAAGUGCCAUGAAGGUGGAGGACAUGCUCUUGAUAGUGAUGCAGUCGGCUCAUCUGGUGGCCCAACGGAAGGCCUUUCAGCAAUCCAUGGAGGAUGUGCUCACUCUGAGCCGGGAGCAAACAUCCAGUCAGCCUCUCAUCGCGAGUGCUCUGGAGGAGCUCAAGGAUGAGGCACUACAGCUAUGCAUUAAGAUCAGCACCGCCAUCGACCGAGUGGAGUACAUGUUCACCACGGAGUUUGAGGCAGAGGUGGAGGAAUCCGAGUCAGCCACUCUGCAUCAGUAUUACAGGGAGGCGAUGAUACAGGGCUACAAUUUUGCUUUUGAGUACCACAAGGAGGUGGUGCGUCUGAUGUCAGGGGAGUACAGGCAGAGGAUCGGGGAACGCUACAUAACGUUUGCCCGAAAAUGGAUGACCUAUGUCCUGACCAAAUGUGAGAGCGGCAGAGGCACCAAGCCCAGGUGGGCGACUCAGGGUUUUGACUUUCUUCAGGCUAUUGAACCUGCCUUCAUAUCAGCGUUGCCAGAGGACGACUUCCUGAAUUUACAAGCUUUGAUGAAUGAAUGUAUCGGACACGUGAUUGGCAAACCUCACAGCCCAGUCACCGGCCUGUACAUCGCUCCCAGGAAUAGUCCUCGUCCUGUAAAGGUGCCUCGCUGCCAUAGUGACCCACCAAAUCCCAAUCUAUUUAUCCCUAAUGCUGAAGGUUUCAGCUCUCGGAGUCUCCCCUGCGACCUCCGGAACCAGCUGUUCCCCAACGGCCCUCGCCCCGUCCCUCAGGGCCCGGGGGAACACAGCCACACGAAAGCACCCAGCAGCAGUCCCAAUGACGUCAGGGGAUCCAGUUUCCACGAGAAUGACCGUCUGUCGUCGGUUGCAGCAGAGUUGCAUUUCAAAUCUCUAAGCCGCCACUCCAGCCCUACAGAGGACAGAGAAGAACCCUCCUAUCCUAAGGGAGACCCUAACAGCGCUGCACGGCGAAGCUGGGAGCUCCGCACCUUUAUCAGCCAGUCCAAGGACACUGCAGCACGGCAAAGCCCCAUGGAGGCCGUCCGUCGCUCCAUCCGCAAGUUUGAGGACAAACGCUAUGCUGUGAUGAAGCAGCGUAACAUCAUUGGCCAAGUGUGUCACACACCCAAGUCCUAUGACAACGUCAUGCACGUUGGGCUCAGGAAGGUGACCUUUAAGUGGCAGAGAGGCAACAAGAUAGGUGAGGGCCAGUAUGGGAAGGUGUACACCUGCAUCAAUGUUGACACUGGUGAACUAAUGGCCAUGAAGGAGAUCCGAUUCCAGCCGAACGAUCACAAAACGAUCAAAGAGACUGCAGAUGAGCUGAAAAUAUUUGAAGGCAUUAAACACCCGAACCUGGUGCGAUACUUUGGAGUUGAGCUGCAUCGGGAGGAGAUGUACAUCUUCAUGGAGUACUGUGACGAGGGCACCCUGGAGGAGGUGUCCAGACUGGGGCUGCAGGAACACGUCAUCAGGCUUUACAGUAAACAGAUCACUACGGCCAUCAAUGUCCUCCAUGAGCACGGAAUAGUCCACCGUGAUAUUAAGGGAGCCAACAUCUUUUUGACGUCAUCGGGCCUGAUUAAGCUGGGUGACUUUGGCUGUUCAGUCAAGUUGAGGAACAACACUCACACCAUGCCAGGGGAGGUGAACAGCACCCUGGGAACAGCAGCAUACAUGGCACCUGAAGUCAUCACCAGAGCAAAGGGUGAAGGUCAUGGACGAGCAGCGGACAUCUGGAGUUUGGGCUGCGUUCUCAUUGAGAUGGUGACUGGAAAGAGGCCCUGGCACGAGUAUGAGCACAACUUCCAGAUCAUGUACAAAGUGGGCAUGGGCCAUAAACCUCCCAUCCCGGAGAAGCUGAGCACAGAGGGGAAAGACUUCCUUGGUCACUGUCUGGAGAGCGAACCCAAACGCCGCUGGACAGCUAGCAUGCUGCUGGACCACCCGUUUGUCAAGGUUUGUACGGAUGAAGAGUGAACGGACCCUCCUCUGUGGCUUUUACGUUUACAAAUUAAAGCACUACUGUACAUGCUGUUGGCAAAAAAAAAAAGAACUGUGGACGCGGAGAAGAGGAAUUUACGGCUGAAGGCACAUGGAGUUAAACUGAGGAACUAAUACAAUAUCAUUUCAGAGGACAACUGGACCUAAGGAGUUUAGGGUUGUUGUGUCUUUAUGUACCCAUGAACUGGGGGGAGGAGGGGCAGGGGUGGGACUGUACAUACUGUAAGAAUAGGAUUGGCUUUAAUUCUUGUAUAAACAAUAUUGUAAAGUUAAAGUAACUAUUGCCACAUUUGUUGUACUCACUGGUGAAGAGACCUCUCAAAAGGCAUUGAGGAAUACUUUUUUUUUUUUUUAAACAAAUGGGAGGGAUGGGUGGGGGGACAAAUCUAUGGCACUUUUAAACUGUUCACCCAAGGGGCAGUCGAGUAGAGGAGGGAAGAAUCUUAUUUCAGUCGCCCUUUAAGGCUGAAAAAUGGUGUGGUAAACCUCACUGGAUGGAAGGACACGCUGGUUUACCUUUAUGAAAUGAGCAACAUCCAGAUAUUCAGAUUAAUUUAUCACUUGUCAUUUGGCAAGAGUGGGCACUAGAAGGAUUUUUUUUAAUGUAUUUUUCUUUGCCUUUGCUGAGGAGUAAAUGUCAAGUUGGAGCAAUGUUCAAGUGUACUGGUCGCUGGCGAAGAGCUGUUCAUGUGACUGGAGCGUAGCCAACUGAAGAGGAGAAACGGGGCCUGCUCUCCCUCCCUGCUGCUGAACACAAAACAUCCACACAACCAAACACAGACACUGACACACACACACCACAACUUCUGGUCCUCUGCUGCUCUUACAGUGUUUGCUAUGUACAAACAAUAUUAAUAAACCAAUCGUUUUGUUUUUUUU